AUGUUGUUGAAUGGCUGGAAAAUCAACAAGAGUUCAAGAAACCAUGAGGAUGGUCCAUUCAUAUGGAGUUUCACCUGCCGGCUGCUUCGGCGUAGGCUAGAAGGGCCGGACGCUGAAGAGACUGCCCUAUAUGAGGUCGUAUCUUCUUCGCUACAGGAUGGCACAGAAAAGGCAUCAAAGUCAGCGUCACAGGCAACAGAUCCAGAAAUGAGUACAACACCGGACACUCUAGAUGAAUCAAUCCAAGCACCAUCUCCACCAGCGGAGAUUGACCAGAGCAUUCGAGUGCCCAGAUCGCAAGUGCAUGAUGCAGGCCGCUGCGAUGAUAAGUCUAUUGAGGGUGACAGUGAUCAAGCUGUCCGCUCCGAUGAUGGCGUCGAGGAUCCAAUACUCCAGGACAGGAUAAACAUGGAGGAUGUGCUGAAGCAUGCCUGGGUUGAAGACCGUUGAACGUCAAGAUCUCCCACGAAAUGUCAGCUUCAUGGGGCUGUAUAUCGCAUAGCAUAAGAAGAUAGCGCGAGGCUCCUAGUCUACCAACGAGUAAUGAUGAUAGAGUUUUGGUAGAUUUGGGAGUAUUUUCUGGAUUAUACCAAGGAAGUCCAUCAGCUAUCAAUACUAAGUUCAAUCCCCAAACGUUGUGGUGAUGGCUACCGCUCGUCAACACUCACUCCCCCCCUGCUGACAUGGAAUAUUCCAUAAAGACGAGAGCUGAUAGGUCGGGUACUGUAGGGAAAUAUGUAUUUGCUGGCAGAGCUGACAACUGGCAAUGGCGUCCUCGGCUUCGGCUUGGCCGUUGGCCUUAUUACAUGCAUACCCACUUGGAAAAAGAUGGGGGAGUUUGGGAGCGAAG